AUGGCGCAAGGCCCCCUAAAGAAAACCAAGCCGAGCACGGCAAAGCGGCCCACAGCACUAGCUCCCAAGCGAGGACCGCGACAGAUUGCGCCCAAGAAGGCAACGCUGAUUAAGCAGCAGAAGAUUACGAAGAAGCUUACGGCUGGGUUGACGGCGAAGACGGAGAGGAGUUUGGCGCAGAGGGCGGGACAUCUUGAGUUGCUUGCUGGGGGAAAGAAAGAUAAGAAGGCGGAGAAGGAGAAGGGGAAGGAAAAGGGGGGGAAGAAGAAUUGA